AACUGACUUUACUAAGGAGGACAAGUUUUCUGCGCGUCGUUGAGUUUGGUGGCUUUCCUCCUUGAACAAUCCCCUCCAACGCUCGCGAUUACUCCCACGUCAUCCUCUUCUUCCCCUCGUUUUCUCCGCCCCUUCUCUCCUAUAUUACUCCCAACCCCUUCCUUCCCCUCGUCAUUUCCCUUCUCCCCAUUCAUUGAGUUCAGGGUUAGGGACAAGUCAUGGCUACGGCUUUCUCUACUGCCAAGUUCGGCACCCAGCUUUUUCCCUUGGGCACCACCUCCUCCAGAUCUCACCAAAAGCCUGUCUUUGAUCCUCUCAAGACCCCCGCCUGCUCUUUUCUCGGAUCCACUUGUAAACUCCGCCUCACUCCUGCUUCCAAAUUGAAUCAAGUCAAUUCCCACCGUCGAUCUCCUGUCGUUGCUGUGUCUGAUGUCGUUAAGGAAAAGAAGACUAAAUCUGCCUCCAAUCUGGUAUUCUUCUCAAACCCUUUUAUCUCUUUUUAAAUGCCGUUGUUUUGCUUUGGAUUUUUAUUUUGUUUAUUUUCUGAAAGUUUUGUUCUUUAUUCUCUUUAAUGCAUUUGGAAGCUCAAAUGGGAACAAAUUACAACUGUCUUUAAGCUUAAUUCGGGUGUCUUGCCUUAGUUUUGUUUGUAUGAACCAAGAUAUUAGAUUUAUGGUUCUUUUUGGGUAGAUUUUAUUAUUUAGUGAUGAAGUUUGUGAUUACCUUAGUUGAAAAGCUGUUGCUAUAAAUAUUGAGUUUUUUA